AUGGCCAGGGGACAAUGUUUGCUUUUCAAGCUGAGGCAAAAAUGCUCCUCCCGCGCGGACGGACGGGACGCCGAGCUGGAGCAGCUGGACACGGGCAGGUUCCCGGGAUUGGGAAGAGCCGCAACCGUGUUGCGAAACCGCCCGUUUCGGAAAGCCUCCGGUGUGUCUCGGGAAGCCUCCGGUGUGUCUCGGAAAGCCUCCGGUGUGUCUCGGAAGCCUCCGGUGUGUCUCGGAAAGCCUCCGGUGUGUUUUGGAAAGCCUCCGGUGUGUCUCGGAAAGCCUACGGCACCGGGACGUGCGUCCCGCCCGGUGAGGGAGCGGGUGUGGGGAGCGGCCGCCAGGCGGCGCCGCCGCGCAGGGGAGGGCGCUGUGGCCCCGCCCGGCCCGUGGGUCCGCGCGCGGGGCGGCGGCGCGGCCAUGGCGGAGCGGGACGGCGGCGGCACCGGCAGCGCCCAGGGCAGCGCCCCGCGGGCCGCGGGCGGCGGGAAGAUGUCCCUGCACAGAUGUGAAACCUGUAGCAAAGAAGAAGCUAAAUACAGAUGUCCACGAUGCAUGAAAUAUUCGUGCAGUCUGUUGUGUGUAAAGAAACAUAAGCUUGCACUGAGCUGUAACGGAGUGAGGGACAAAACAGCGUUUGUCUCUGUAAAUGAAUUUACUGACUUGAACCUUUUGAGUGAUUAUCGUUUCCUGGAAGAUGUAUCAAGGACAGCUGAUGCUGCUGCUCGACAUUGUAUUGUGCAUAGUCCAGCAACAAAAAGACUUUUACAGUGCUUGAGAAACAAAGCUCGAGGGUGUAAUAUUGAGCUGAAAACACUGCCUGUGGGAUUUACAAAAAGAAGAGAAAAUUCAACCACAUUCAAUUCCACGGAGAACAAGUUCUACUGGCAUUUGAAGCUUGUAUUUCCUCACUGUCACGCUGAAUACACUUUAAAACGGGUGCCUGACGAUAAAACACUCGCUGAUAUCCUUAAGCCGUACAUUGAUCCAGUGGAGUCAGAUCCUGUAGUUUGUCAAAGAUUAAAAAUCUAUACAGGAUCUCCUCAGUCAGAUGUACAAAUUUUAAUGAAAAUAGAAAACAGGAGCAGAAACUCUGUAAGGUACAAUGAACUGGAUGCCAGUAGAAGCCUCUUAGACAAUUUGAAAGGCAAAGUAAUAAUUGAGUAUCCAACAUUAUUUGUGGUCUUGAAAACACUGAAGAAUGACAUGGUGGUUCUUGGCAAAGUUUGGAUGACAAACAGCCUUGAGUUUGGUUCAGAUCCUGUGUUCUUGGAAUUUUAUCUAUUAAGAGUAGAAACCUGCAACAUUAACUUCAGAUUCUUUCUGAAAAACUGUUCAGAGCAUAAAUAUAAAGAUGGCAGUGAACCUGUAGAGAACUCAGACAGUGAAAGUUCAUCUCUUUCAUCUAUGGAAGAAGGGGAAAUUCGGGACAGUUCAUGACGGUGUUUUGAGAGAAGAGGGUGGAAUGAGCUUUUUGGGUUUUAAAUUAUUUAAUUAGAGGAUUUUUUAAUACAACUGAAUUCCUAGAGGUUUUGUUUAACUUUCUUCACUAAAGACAGCAUUCCCAAAGUGCCUCUACCUAUUUUUAGAUUUAGUAAUGCAUAUUUAGGGAUGUAAAUAAGGAGAUGGGGAAUUGCUGGUUCCAGAAAAAAAACUAUAUUCUUAUUUAAUUGCAGCCUUCAAUUGCACCGUUGUUUUUCAUUUUUCCCUAACAACCUCAGUGUCUAACUUCCAGGUUUAAAUGUCUGACCACAUAUUUGUAUUUUAUGUGGAUAUUUGAGUCUUAAUGCUUAACCUUACUGAAGAAAAAUGAAAUCUAAUUCUAAUGAAACUGAUGUUUCAUUAAAUUAAAUUUUAGGGUAUUUCUGUAUAACACUGAGCUGCUGACAAUGGUCUUUUGUUACUUUUGACUUUAAUUUUUUGUGGUGACAUUUUAGGUGCUUGGUGCAAUGCAUUUUUUUUUCUUACUUGGUUGCAUUCUUGUUUAAUAUGUUAAUGGACAGGUCAGACUGUGUUUUCAGGUUGGCUUGUUGCUGUAUGUUUAGUCUUCUACCCGGAUCUUCUACAUUAAUGUGGGGUUUAAAAUCAACAGAAUUGGAUGCAUAGAUUGGCACUAAUGCAAAUACACUUCACUUCUAAAGAAUGUUUGUGUUAAGCAUCUCAUGUACCUGGUAUACCUACUGAAGUUAGGUAUUGUAAAUACUUACUGGCAUAUCAACUCAAUUUAUCUACUUUAAAACAAAGAAAUCGUAAAGAAAAAAGAUUCCUGUACUUUAUCAUCUGCUGGCAAUAGAAGUUUGUGGUUAACUUCUGGGAAGAUUUCUAGGUCACAGACCACGUAUCCCUAUAUCCAAGUCCCCCGUGCCUGUGGGGUCUGUUGCAAGCAGUGCAGGGCAGGUGAACCCCUGUCCCCGCUUGCACCAGGGCAUUCUCAUGACUCAGGAUCAGUGUGUGAGUUCGUUUGCAAGGGUCAGGGUUUGUACAGUCUUCAGGACAUGGUCCCUCUCUGAACAGCUCUGUGAGGUUGUUGCUGCCUUUGUUGUUACCCCAGUUUCUGUCUCCUGCUUGAGACUGGCACCUUUGUGACAAAAGUUGGUGUCCUGGGUGCAUGUUCAUUUGCCAUGAAGAUGGUAUUUCAGUUGUAAGUGUUCUUCCUGCCAGUGCUGACAUAGGAGGUAGAAAUACAACAGGAAGCAGUGAAGGAACUUGUAGAGGUAACAGGAGGCUGUGGGAGCAAUACAGGGGAGGGCUGAGGCUUCCAGGCUCUGCCUAGGCUUCAGGGCCCCAGGAUCCUAGGUCCUCACUGGUCAUGCUUCUGCAUGGAGAGGAUUUUUAGGAUGUUCAAAGUUUUAGAAGUUCGGGGUUUUUCCCUUGAGAAGAAAUAGUCCUUAAAAGAUUGUUCACCAUGACAUCUCACUACUGAAGUUUGGACAGACUGUCAGACAUUUGCAGUCACAUACUACUUUCUCUCACAGUGGUGUCACGUGUCCUUUCCCUUGUGUGUUUUGCAAACCCUGGUAAAACAGGGAAGUUUUUCUUCUUGCCUGGCAGUAGCCACCUGUGCUCUGUUUUCCUUUUUACUCAUUGUUGGUCCUCUGCCCACCUCUUGUUUCAAUGUUUGUUUUUUUAACCCUUUAUAAAGGACCGGGAUUCCUGGUUAUAGGUGCUGCUUUCAUAUUUUUUCAGUUGAGUGAAAGUGAAUAAGCUUUUCCUAAUCAGUGAUUGCUGCACACUGACUUGGUAGCCACAAAUUACUUUAAACCAGUCUUGAACUCAUUCAUAGUAAUACCAGUAAAAGAGUAGAACAGCAAAACUGCCACAGUUCAUUUGCCAGAAAAUGUUUCAUCUGGAGUAAAGGCAUGGCAUUUCUGUUGGAUUCAUAGCACAGUGAAAAGGAGAGUGCUGCAAAUGUUAGUGUUGAUCUGCAUGUGUGCGUGAUUAGUCUUUGGCUGAGGAACACAGAUUUGUAAUUUGCAUUACUUUCCUGUGCUCUUGGGGGCUUUCAUGAAUUGUACGAAAGGGUUUGCCUGUGGGUUUUUUUCUUAUAUGAAUCUAGUUUAAUCUUUCUUGUGAGUCAAAACACAAUGUAAUUCAUUUUUAAAUGAAGAUGCUGUUAAACCUAUCCUUCAGAUUUAAAUCCUUCUCUACCUUAAAGAAGGCUUUAAACAAUGAUUAACGAGCAUUCCUGUGGUGGUUACUAGAAUUGAAAUUUCCCAGACAAACUUAAGAAUCAUCUUUCAGAGUUCAAUCAAAUUGAGAGCCUUGGUAGCAUUUGCCAUUCGUUCCUAGGUUAUUACUUACCUAUUUUUACAGUUACACUAGUUUGAACAGUGAUGAGUCAUCAAAUACAAACCCAGAUGCAAUUCAAAUAUUUUGUUCGGUUUUGCUAAGCUUUUUCAAUUUUUCUUUAUAAAAAGGAAUCGAAAUUAUGGUCUCUGGCUAAAAAACACAGCAACAACACUCUUGUAGGAACUGCAAGAGUGGUUAAUUCUUCAUAAUAAUAAUGUUACUGAUUUAAUCAAGGUUUAUGCACCCUUUGUCUAGGCAGAUAUUUUUUAAGACUUUUCAUAGUUUUUAAUUUCUUUCUGAGUGACUUAGUGUGGAACAAUCACCUUGUAAUAAGCUGAAGAGAGAAAAGGCAUCUUCUGUAUUUUUAAAUUUCUGGUCAAGCACUAGAAAUUUAAUGCAUGGAGCCAAGGCUGCCUGGAACACUUCAGUUCUGUCCGUUUUGAAAACAUACUAUUGUAAUCAUACAAGGAUCCCUACAGGACUCUGCCUUGAUUCAGAACAGAUCAUGUCUGUGAAUGAAAACUGUGUGAUGUUGUUUUAAUCUGCAUCAUUCAACACCAGCUUGCGUUGAGUGCUUCGUUUUAUGCCUACUAUGCUUACUCAUUUAUUUUCCUCUAUAAACUACUUGUCACAGAAGGAACAAGCUAUUUGUGUGUAGGUUUGUUACAGCAUUUCUUUUAAUGUUUAUAGAGUUUUCAAGUUUCAAACCCUGAACUCAGCAUGCUCGAGCUGAAGGACCAUCAGCUUCCAAAGAGUAAAGGCUCUUGUCUUGAAUGAACACACUACUUAAAAAAAAUCAAAAGCUUAAUGAAGUCAUCCCUUUCACAAACCUUAAAGGACAAAAAUAGAGCACAGCUAAGCACACAGCAAGAGCUGGGAGGUGGGACUGAGUCAGCCAUAGGAGAGAACUUGGUUGUUUUCCUUUUUUGUAUAACUUCCUGGGGUAUGAGGCAUAAGUUAUUGAGUUGUCAUAGAUAAACAACGUUCUACCCCCUGUCAGUGUAACAGCAAAGUUUUGAACGAACACAUCUGAAUUCUAAGUUUUACUGCAUUUAUCUUGGCAUUAGGAAUUGUUGAUCCAUAGAGGAAAAGAGGGCCGUGCCACUGAAUGUGUGGCUGGCACCAGUCCUUAGAGGCAGGCAGGACCAGCUUUUGUUACUCCAGUCAACAGCGCAGUUUUACUCUGCAUUGGGGGUAGAACUGUUUACAGUGCAGAAUAUGCACUGUAGUCUAAAACAGUACAUAGAUUUCCAAGUUCAUGGUGGUGCUGAUAGCAAGUCCCAGCUAUGUGUUGUAUCAUCAGUCCUUGCCCUCCAGAUACAGCUGUUCUCUAUUGACAUCUGUAGGAGCUGAAAAUGUAUAAUACUGUGCAAUAGGAGGCUUUCCAAGGGUAAAUAUACAGCUGUGAUGAAGUUCAGGCCCUAUUUGGUCACAGACAUUUCAUUCUGCUUUCUUAAGUCCCACGCUCUUUUCCUGAAAACACUUAUUCUUCCUCCCUCUGAAGGAAAAAAUAUCUUGAAUUUGUGUUUAUGUCGUUGCUAUGACAUUCAGUUAAACUGUAUGCAGAUGCAGGUUCUGUUAAUAAGAGAAAAAAACUGUACUGUGUACUUCAGUGAACAAAGAUCACCCUGUGUUUGUGUUAAAAUGUUGCUAUGGCAGUGCAUAUGGUUUUAUUUGCUGGAAGUCUGUGGUGAAAUGGAAAGAGGUCACAUGUAUGCAAGACAAGAAAUGGUAGCAAAAACAAGUCAAAAUAAAUACUGAAACUGAAAGGGAAAUUGCAGGUGACAUGUAAAAGCAGGAAGAAGCAGGGACAGUUAUUUUGCUGUCUGUCUGUUAUUUGAUAAUAGAAAUGUGUUCCCACUGUGCCCCAGCGGGUCUCAGUGACCCAUGGUACAGUGACUUAGCUCUAAUGAUGCUUUUAUUGUGAGAGCUUCUUUCCCUCAAUGGCUCUGUGCAUUGUAGCUUUUUUGUUGUUGCUUUGGAAGCAAAGUUCCCCUGGCUUAUCCUGAAUUCACCACUGCUAACUUUUCCUGAGAAAAGUAUUUUGAGGCUAUCUUAAUAUAGCAGGCUUUUUGGCAAGGAAAAUCAAGAUUGAUGAGAUAUGGGAAGCCACUAGACCCUUGCCUACCUUUGGGGCAAGGAAAAGUCUUUGUGACUCGUGAUAGAAACAGUGGAUUUAAUUUAUGUUUUUUUAACUGGCACAGUAGUCCUUGUAUUUAUCUAAUCCAUUUGCAUGAGGAGUCUUUUUGCAUCAGCUGCAUCAGUACAGCUGUUCGUGUGGUUGCAUGACAAAUGAGAAUGAGUUCAAAAUAAUCUGCCAAAGAAGGAGGGAUAAAAAUGAGAAGGGAGAGAGGGAGUCUUUUUUUAGAGAAUAAAUGACCACACUGGGAGCUGGCUGGUUCCUGCAUCAUUCCAGCUGGUGGAAAAGCAAAAGUGGUUUUAAAAUCACAUUGCCACUUUCUUUCGAUUGUCCUUGUUCUGCGUCAACAAGGAGUAAGAAACAACCAUGAAAGCUGUUGUUGCCUUUCCACUCCUUGCUUCCAGGUACUCAUCUGGAACUGUAUUGUAGCUCCAGAAUUUGUCUGUUUUGCCAAGAGUGCCAAUAGGGAGUAGAACUGUGCUCAAGUGAGGUAAAAAUUAGGUUGGUGGAUGAGGUAUAUAUUAAUGAAAAAGAAUGGAGAGAUGGCUUUAAAAGCUUGCCAGGAAGUCCCCAUCACUUCCACACAGCCAGGAGGGCAUUUAGGCAUUAAUCUCAGGCACAUGGUGUGAUUUUUAGAGUGUCCUGCACAGGGCCAGGAGUUGGACUCAGUGAUCCUGAUGAGUCCCUUCCAACUCAGCAUAUUCUGUGAUCUAAACUCUCAGUGAUAUCUCUUUGUUGACCUUUUUCCCAGCCUCUGUUUUCAGCUGUACUUGGGCUUUCAUAUUGGUUUCAGUGGGAUUGUUCCACUACAGUGCGAGUAUCUACUGUAGAGAAAAAUAUAUUGUUUCAAGUUCUUGUUAAUAAACUUGUUGGUUUUACAGCCAUUA